AUGGAUGGGGGGAAGAGCUACCAGCAGCAGCAGCAGCAGCAGCAGCCAGGCAGCGUGCUCUGCAGCGUCCCCGGCCUGCGCUCCCCGCUUGCCGGUCCGGCCAUGGAGAGUUCUGUGCUGGCGGCCGACUCGUGGAGCAGCUGCUACCCGCCCUCCUUCCCGGCUCCAUCCUUCCCGAGUGAAAACCAGCAAUAUUUUAAUUCCCCUCACGAUUUUUAUAUGAAUUCCAUCAGCAGACCACAUUUCUUGGAUACAAACUAUGCAUCUGUGGACCUCACUGACUUCUUACAAAAAAACGGUGAUUUUCCUCAGGAUUCUUCGUACCUCGAUGAGCUCUCCAACAACUCCCUCUUCUCGUCCCCUACGGAUUCCCUCUCCGACAUUGCAGAUCCUAAGGACUUCUUGCCCGCCGAUAGCCUGAACCACGUGCCAACGAUAUGGGAUGUGAACACGCCGCAGCAGAACCAAAUAGAGCUGUUCUCCCCCAGCAGAUCCUUCCCCGGAUUGAACAGUUCAAGUGACCAUGUUCCUGCUGUCCACAACACACCGCUGCUCAUAAGCUACCAGUCUCAGGCUCCUGCAGAGGAGGAGGAUGAAGGUGAGGAGGAAGAAACAGAAGAGCUGGGGCAAACGGAGACCUACGCAGAAUAUGUACCUUCAAAAUCCAAGAUUGGGAAGCACCACCCUGACCUGGUGGUGGAAACAAGCACCCUGUCCAGCGUCCCCCCACCUGACAUCACCUACAGCCUGGCCCUGCCACGCUCCGUUGCCGACAGAGGGUCACUCUCUGCACUACAGCUGGAAGCCAUCAUCUACGCCUGCCAGCAACAUGAAGUUUUAUUACCCAAUGGGCAGCGAGCUGGGUUCCUCAUUGGGGACGGUGCUGGAGUUGGAAAGGGCAGGACAGUUGCGGGCAUCAUCUUUGAAAAUUAUCUCAAAGGGAGGAAAAAAGCUCUGUGGUUCAGCGUCUCCAAUGAUCUCAAGUAUGAUGCUGAGAGAGACCUGAAGGACAUCGAAGCCUCCCACAUUCCUGUGCAUGCUUUGAAUAAGAUUAAAUAUGGCGACACAGCUACCUCAGAAGGAGUCCUCUUUGCCACUUACUCUGCGCUGAUCGGUGAAAGCCAGGCAGGCGGGCAGCACAGGACGCGCUUAAAACAGAUUUUGGACUGGUGCAGGGAAAAUUUUGAUGGAGUUAUUGUGUUUGAUGAAUGCCACAAAGCCAAAAACGCCAGCUCUACUAAAAUGGGCAAAGCAGUGCUGGACCUGCAGAACAAGCUGCCUCGAGCAAGGGUUGUUUAUGCCAGUGCCACAGGUGCCUCUGAGCCAAAAAACAUGAUUUACAUGAGCCGCCUGGGCAUCUGGGGGGAGGGCACCCCUUUCAGAGCUUUUGAUGAGUUCCUGCAUGCGAUUGAGAAGAGGGGAGUUGGUGCAAUGGAGAUCGUGGCGAUGGACAUGAAGGUCAGUGGGAUGUACAUUGCCAGGCAGCUCAGUUUCACUGGAGUCACCUUCCGAAUCGAGGAGAUCCCGCUGGACCAGCAGUACAGGAUUGUCUACGACAAGGCAGCCAAGUUGUGGGCAGAGGCCUUGACCGUGUUCCAGCAGGCGGCCGACUGGAUCGGCCUGGAGUCUCGGAAGUCACUGUGGGGCCAGUUCUGGUCGGCUCACCAGCGCUUCUUCAAGUAUCUCUGCAUUGCUGCUAAGGUCCGGCGACUCGUCGAGCUUGCCAGGGAGGAGCUGGCGAAGGACAAGUGCAUUGUCAUCGGCCUGCAGUCCACCGGGGAGGCUCGCACCAGAGAGGUCCUGGAUGAGAACGACGGGCAUUUGAAUUGCUUUGUCUCUGCUGCAGAAGGCGUCUUUCUAUCACUAAUUCAGAAGCACUUUCCUUCAACCAAAAGAAAGAGAGAAAAAGGAACUGGCAUUAAAAGAAAACGGAAGCCAAGGGGCCGCUGCGCCAAGUCUCUGAAGGGCGUGUGUGACCCCGCGGGUGUCAUCAAGAUCAGCGACGACAGCAGCACUGACUCCGACAUGGGGCUCGACAGCGACUUCAACUCCUCCCCGGAGUCCGUGUUUGAGACGGACGAUGUCAUCUUCGUGGAGCACACCUACAAUGGCUUCACAGCCGAGCCCAGAAAUAAUUUUCAGGAGAUGCAUGGCCUGAGAGAACUAGAACACGUGGAGAAGAUGAAGCAGGACCUCCUAGCAAAAGUAAAAGCACUGGGCAAAGAGCUACCUCUCAAUACCUUGGAUGAGCUCAUCAAUCACUUUGGGGGCCCGGAGCACGUGGCUGAGAUGACGGGGCGGAAGGGCCGGGUUGUUUGCAGACCGGACGGAUCCGUCGUGUUUGAGUCUCGUGCAGAGCAAGGCCUCUCCAUAGACCACGUCAACCUGAAGGAGAAGGAGCGCUUCAUGAAAGGGGAGAAGCUUGUAGCAAUAAUCUCCGAGGCCUCCAGCUCGGGUAUCUCUCUCCAAGCAGACAGACGGGUGAAGAACCAGAAGCGCCGUGUCCACAUGACACUGGAGUUGCCCUGGAGCGCAGACCGGGCCAUACAGCAGUUUGGUCGAACGCACCGAUCAAACCAGGUUUACGCUCCAGAGUAUGUGUUCCUUAUAUCGGAGCUGGCCGGGGAGAGGAGGUUUGCAUCCAUCGUGGCAAAACGUCUGGAGAGCUUGGGCGCUUUAACUCACGGAGACCGCCGGGCCACGGAGUCCCGAGACCUCAGCAAGUACAACUUUGAGAAUAAGUACGGGGCUAAAGCACUGGACAGAGUCCUCUCCACCAUCCUCAACCACACGGAGAACAGAGUUCCUGUGCCCAAGAGCUACGACAGAGGGGAGGCUGCAUUUUUCCAUGAAAUGAAGCAGGGGCUCGUCUCCGUGGGGAUCUGCUGCAAUCAGAUGAAGUAUGGCACUGUCUCUGUGGAGAAGGACUGCUCCAUCACCAAGUUCCUGAACCGCAUCCUGGGUCUGGAGGUGGACAAGCAGAACAUGCUUUUCCAGUACUUUUCUGACACCUUUGACUAUCUGAUUGAAAAGGACAAGAAGGAAGGCAAAUACGACAUGGGCAUCCUAGAUUUAGCCCCGGGAGUGGAUGAGAUCUACGAGGAGAGCAAGGAGGUGUUCCUGACCCCUGGGCACCCGCAGGACGGGCAGGUCGUGUUUUAUAAGAUCAGUGUCGACAGAGGCUUGAAGUGGGAGGAAGCCUAUGAGAAGUCACUCAAACUGACAGGAUCCUUCGAUGGGUUUUAUCUCUCCUACAAGAUGCGAGGCUCCAAACACACGUGUCUGCUGGCCGAGCAGAGCCGCGGGAAGAACUUCAUACUCUACAAACCAAAUAUUGGGAAGCAAAGCCAGCCUGAGAGCCUGGACAGUCUGCAGAAGAAGUACCGGCGGGUGCUGCCCGAGGAAGCCAAGGAGCACUGGGAGAACAGUUACCACUUCUCCUUGAAGAACUGCAACCAUGCCGUCUGGAACAGGAGCUGCAAGCUGAUCCAGGAGGGCAAGGAGUGCUUCCAGGGCAUGCGCCUGCGCCACUACUACAUGCUGUGCGGGGCCCUGCUGCGUGUCUGGAGCAAGAUCGCCAGCAUCAUGGCAGAUGUCACCAACAGCAGCUACCUGCAGAUCGUCCGCCUCAAGACCAAGGAGAAGAAGAAACAAGUCGGUAUAAAGAUCCCUGAGAGCUGUGUCCGCAAGGUGCUGGAGGAGCUGAAGCAGAUGGACGAGAACGUGAAGCGAAAGCACAACCAACUCCUGCAGGCCCAAGAGCAGAGCCUGCAGUUCUCGCUGCCGCUGCACAUCCUGCCGCAGCCCCUGGACCUCACGCAGACGGCGCCCGGGCUGCCCCUGCCCCGCCACACGCUGCACCAGGACGAGAUCCUGGAUUUGACCUACAGCCCACCCAGCAACAGCGUUCCCGACAUGGUGAUGAACCCGGAGCCCGGCAUGCUCUGCUUCCCCUCGGAGCCUGUGCUCCAGCCCAACCAGCAGCACGGGGUGCCCUUCGGCUUCAGCCACCCCUCAGCCUUCAAGAGCCCAGCACCCAUCCUGGAGGGGAGCGCGCCUCUGAGCUCCGCGCUGCACGAGCCCCUGCCUCUGCUUCACCCGGCGCCUUUGCAGGCACUGCAGCAGCAGCAGGAAGAUUUUGUCCAGCAGGAUGGGAAUAUCAACUUUAGAGAGGUCCUGGAGGACAUGCUGAGGACGUUGAACGGGGCCCCCCAGGAGAACAUGCUUCCCCAGGAGCGCCAGAGCGUGAUCCAGUUCAGCGGCCCUUUCCCAGACUUCUGA